AUGGUCAACGUUUUCGACCGUCUAAAUGUCCAUGUAGCUGAUUCGUUUGUGGGAAGAUACUUUCAUCUGGAGGGCUCAGGUCAUCCUAAUGAAAGAAUUGGAUCUCGUUUCACGACUGAAAUCCGAGCUGGUCUUACAACAUGGGCUGCGAUGGCUUACAUUAUAUCGGUAAAUGCAGCCAUUCUAUCGGAUUCCGGAGGUACUUGCGUCUGUACGUCCGAGACUGAUCCUAUCUGCAACACUGACGAUGGCUAUCUCUCUUGUGUCAAUGACGUCCGCAACGACCUGAUAACCACAACCGCGGCAAUUUCUGCACUCGCCUCUGUACUCGAGGGCCUUCUUGCAAACUUACCAAUCGGGAUGGCCCCAGGUUUGGGACUAAAUGCCUACUUUACAUAUUCAAUCGUUGGCUUUCAUGGUUCUGGCGUCAUCACCUACCGCGAAGCUCUGGCAGCUGUAUUUCUCGAAGGAUGGAUUUUCCUAGCACUGUCUUUACUCGGAAUUCGACAAUGGCUCGUCAGAAUCAUGCCACAAUCUCUAGUUUUGGGCAUCGGCUCUGGGAUUGGUCUCUUUAUCGCGUACUUUAUGUCAUUUCUUCAAUUCAACCCCAUCUUACUAGUCCGUGAUUAUGUAUACAGGCUAAUCGGACUAUCGGCUAAUGGGCUUGGAGUUAUCGGAGGUGACACCACGAACUUGGUCGGACUCGGGGGAUGUAAACCAGAAGACUGGAUCACCGACUUGCCCAAUUACUGCGCUCAUGGAGUGCUGCAGAAUCCGACGAUGUGGCUUGGUAUCUUCGUUGGGGGAUUUCUAACCGUUCUUCUCAUGUUGUAUCGCGUUCGCGGCGCCAUCUUGAUUGGGGUGUUCAUGACGUCCAUUCUCUCAUGGCCCAGACCUACCGCCGUUACUUAUUUCCCGCACACUGAUGCUGGUGAUGUUCUUUUCGACUAUUUCAAGAAGGUGGUGACAUUCCAUCCUCUUAUUAGAGUCGGUAAUGUCAUAGACUACAACUAUGGAAACGGUAAAGUGUGGUAUGCACUGAUCACCUUCCUUUACGUAGAUAUCUUAGACACGACUGGCACACUCUACGCAAUGGCCAAGUUCGCUGGUUUACGGGAUCCAGUUACUAUGGACUUCGAGAAUUCUACCUGGGCCUAUUGCGUAGACGCGUUUUCCAUCAGUAUGGGCUCAUUAAUGGGAACUAGUCCCGUGACCGCGUUCAUUGAGAGCGCGACGGGAAUAAGUGAGGGCGGUAAGACUGGAAUCACCGCGAUAGUCACCGGAUUAGCCUUCUUUGUUUCCGUCUUUUUUGCGCCGAUCUUUGCAUCAAUACCGUCGUGGGCUACCGGAGGCGCACUUGUCAUUGUUGGCUCCCUCAUGAUUCGGAAUGUUCGAGAAAUCAAUUGGGACUAUAUUGGCGACAGCGUCCCUGCUUUCUUAACCAUAAUUAUCAUUCCUUUGUCUUAUAACAUUGCCUACGGUGUCAUUACUGGAAUUAUAUCAUAUCUGAUUCUCAAUGGCCUUCCUUGGCUCAUUCGAAAACUCACAGAUGACCGUAUCGUUCCCCCCAACUUGGAGCAUUCGGAGGAGUGGGUCAUACCCCCUGGUAGCAUGAUACCCUCUUGGAUGUUCCGAGUGGGCGAAAAACUGAACAUUACGGAAAAGCGAUCUGAACCUCGUUCCUUGGCUUCUAGCAUGGAAUUGGCCUCUCGAGAGAAUGUCAAUCAAAGCAGCAAGAGCCUGGAGGGCGUGCAUUUGGAUGUCAAGGGAAAACCAUCCGCUAUUCAGUACAUGCAGCGUUAAACUAUAACCAAAAAUUUAUUGGUAUUUUGGACGUGUUCAAGUUAUGUAAUUUUAUACUAUACUGCGCACAAGCGAUUUCGGUCACUUUACAGAAUAUGGCAAUGACGAUCCUCCGCGGUUCUUGCCAAAAAAAAAUGAGGCUGGAAAAUUGGCGUUCUUGGAACGCACUGGUAAAAACUGCUCUCCGAACCGAAGUAUGUAGAUAAAUGUAUCUUGAU